UAUCGAACUUUCUCAGAUAACUUAUACUGAAUAAAAAUUAACCAAUAUCAUGGAUUUUUCUGACGACUCUGAGAUUUAUGAUGAAGAGGUCAAUGAAAUAAGACCUUAUAUGUACGAGCCAAGAGCUGUUAGCCAGGAGGAACAAAGUGUGUCCGACUCGGACUCGGAGUUUGAAGACAGCUCCGAUGAUUCAUUUAACGGCAAUGUUGACGAGUGGUGUGAAUGUGGAUGUUGCAUUCACAUGCCUACAGCCCAUGAGAGGAAAUGCUGCCAGUCAACAAACAUAGUUGAUGGAAAGGCAGAAUCAGAAGGUGUGCCCUGUAUCACACUUCAUGAGGGGUUCCAGGUGAACUGUCUCAACAUCCAUGUAUUGGAGACCUCGUAUUAUGAAUUUAUACACAACAAUGGGCCAAGAGAAGAAAACCAAGAAAUUCAUGAGUUAUAUAGAUACCUUGCCUACAGGCGCUUUACAAGAUGGGUGUAUGGAUUACUGCCAAGAAAGUGUAGGCGUGUCAUUCCUGCAUGUGCAGUCAACGCCAUUAGAGAACAGUUUCCCUCAGAGGAGUACAGUGGCUUCCGUUACCCCCAGUUGUUGUCUUUGGAUUCAAAUGUUCUGUAUAUUAUCAUAAAU